AUCAAUUUUAGACACAAAGAGAAUGUGAUAAUACUUAUUCAAUUUUAUUUAAUAGUGAUGCAAUUAUCAAAAUUCAAAAAUGAAUCGAAUAAGAGCAAGAAAAAUAAGAACUAUACCCCAUUUCAUGAGAGAAUUCAAGCAUCUAUCUGCAGCUGUCAAUAGCAUUUCUCCCACUAUGUACCACUCGGUGAUUAGCCACAUCAAUUAUAAAGUGGUGAGAGAUGCUUAUGGACCGACAAAAAAAUAUGUACCUUCUCUCAUGAAAUGGAGUAUAGUUACUGAAUAUAUAAGAGUACACUGGUUUGAACAUAUGCUAUUGACCGCUGUAUGUUAUCAGACCCUCCUGAUUGAUUGUUUUGUUAACAAUCGUUACUGGGAGUGGGGAGACAAUGACACGACAAAUUUUUGUCCGCCACAUGGUAUAAUCUUAAACUGAAUAGAGUAUAAUAAAGAACUAUAUAAUAUCUGUGGUCGCAAUGUUAUUAUGAUACAGGAAAUCGGGAAGUGGUAUUAAAAGGAUGCAAUACCUACAUAAGUUGAUUUGUCUUAUAAACAUACAAUAUAACAAACAUUACAAUUUUUAAAAUUUUGUGUUAUUUUUAAUAAUAGAAUGUACUAACUUACUAUAAAAUUUAAAAUUAAAAAAUAUUAAAAUUUACUCCUUUAUGUAAAUUUACCUAUUAAAAAUAGUCACUGGAAACUGGGUAUGUAUAUUAGAAGAAUGAGUCCU